AUGCCUCCAAGACCUGCAAGACAGAGUACUCGCUACGCAAGUAGGGAGCCUGAAGAGACGACUGGUGGACCUCAAAUUUCUCUGGUCAAACCCAAGUUACCGGCUCUGAAAGGAACCCCGAGUUCUCGGAGGCAGUACACGUAUGGCUCUGCUGUUGAGCCACCCCCAAGACUAGGCGCCGGCUUUCAACAGAUGACUCUGAAGAACGCUGUUAGCCAGGCUCUUAAGAAACGUCCUGACGAGGAAGAAGAAUUUGUUCAACCACCAAAACCGGCACCAAAACCAGCACAAAAGCCAGCAGCUGCAAAGGCAGAUCGAGGUAAAACCUCGAAAGACAAUGCAGCACGACAGGCAACAACAACAACAACAACCGCCACUGGGCAUCUAGCUGUUGGCAGAGAUGAUGACAGCUCGCGAAGCUUUGGACUAGAAAGCGAAUAUUAUGACCAUGCGACGAUAGAACCGGCACCGUCAAGGCCGCCAGUAGUCACCGCAAAGCAACAACCCGCACCCAAGACAAGCCUUGGACCUGAAGAAGAGGAGUCCAGUGAUGAUGAUUCACUGCCGUCUCCAAUUGAGGAAGAGCCGAGGUCUUCAGUACGGCUAAUUGAGAACUUUGAUGAAGUCGACGCGAGACAAACCAGGUCACACUCGUCUCGUUCUCGAAGCCAGAGGGGCUCAACAAGACCGACUGAGAACUUGGAAGCUCCAAAGGAAGUAGCCAACACAGCAAGACAAAGUAGUUCGCAACCAUCUCGUUCUCGGGGCCAGCAAAAGACUUCAACAAGGCCUACUGAGAAUUUGGAAACUCAAAAUGAUGCACUCGUCGCAACGAGACAGAAUGAUUCACAGCCAUCUCGUUCUCGGGACCAGCAAAAGAGUUCUACACACCUGAAUGAGAGACACACCCAAAAGGCAUCAGAAUCCUCAAUAUGGGCGACACAGAAACCCUUGCCUGGGACUGGCACUGAAUCGGAAACAAGGAUUGGAGCUACACUCAACAAUCGGCGACCCAAUGGAAAGAAGAGUCUUUUUGGCCCGGCUACGACAGGUUCAGAUGCGUUGAAGAGGGCUCAACAACUUCCAUCCGAUCCACGACAACGCGACUGGGACAUUCAAAGAGAAAUUUCGGCAGCUGAGGCAGAGGAUACUCGAAUACGUGAGAUGGUAGAGCGGAUGGAACGCUCACGCUUGUAUUAUGAGUGGGUGAGAUUCACUGGUUGGCUCAAAUUCUUGUUUUGGCCACCGUAUUGGUUCCGACGUGGAGACCAAGAUCCUUUCGAUUUCAAUUUCGAGGAUACUGUGCAGAACAGUGACAAUGCCCCAACGGAAUGGACUCGUUUGUUCUCUCCCAUGACAUAUCUGCGGGUUUUGAGGCGUUGGUUUGACAAAACUAUGGACCGUGUCUUCGCCUUUGUUGAUGGUCUAUCCGGCAUACAAGUUGGACAAGUGCAUAGAUCGUUCGCCGUCCGCUUAGUCUGGGCUGUAGCAUUGGCCGGUAUCGCUUUCUUCCUGCUUUUCACCUCUGGAGCUCUGCGCUAUGUCCCCGAUUUCCCCGAUUUCCCAGACAUCGGCUCUCUGAAACCGACUGUGGAUUGGCCGAACACUGAAGAAUUUAGUGUUGGCAAAAUGGUACCCUCAGUGUCAUGGCCUUCGUUACCUUCAUUGCCUUCAUGGCCUUCAUGGGGCAGAGACGACGACGACUUUUCUUUCCCUGAUCCAUUUCCCAGGGACGACGCUGUCAUCCCAGAUGACUACAAGAAAGCAUUGGACGCACUGAAGGAUCAAGCCAAGAUCCAGAAGAAGGCGCUUAAGAGGCUAGAAAAAAUUCUUCCUCAGAUUGUGCACAUGGAUCUUGUCAAGGGACGCCCCUCAAUCAAGCCCGAGUUCUGGCAUGCUCUCCAAGAUCACCUCAAAGAAAGCGGGAGCUUCUUGAAUCUCGAAAAGAAGAGCGGCAACUUCGAAAUUUCUUCGGAAAAGCAAUGGAAAGCUAUUGUGGCACGUCUCGGAAAAGAUAACAACUUUCAAGGCAAGCUCGAUGGUAUUGUCGGCAACAGUAUCCAAGACAAGCUGCCAAACUUCUGGGACACAUGGUUCAAGAAAAACAAUGAUGUGCUCGAACCGCUCGUGGAAAAGGCAAUGGCCAAGAGACAAUCGGCCGGCUCCGGAGCUGCAUUCGACCAACAGCUUGCCAAGAUUGUCGGCGAGGAACUUCGCAAGCAAAACCAAACUGCUGUUUCUCGAGAUGAAUUCAUGGCAUAUGUCAAGAAUGAUCUGAUGGAGCAUAAAUCAGAAGUCGAAGCUGAGUUUAACAGGCUCAAGUCGUACAUGAGCGAUUACAUCAUGGAUACCGUUCGAACCGCCAAGAUGAUGGCCCCCAGGACAAUGACUGAUACCGAGAUGAGGAAGCUCGUUCGAAAGGUCGUUUACCAAACUCUUACAGAUGGCAGCCUCGAAGCUGCCGCCAAGAGCAAGAUUCAUGCCCAUUGGAACUCCAAUCUCAAAUACCAGGUCAACUUCUUCGGUAUUGGGGCUGGGGCUACCAUAGAAACGAAGUUUACCGCGCCUGUUUGGGACCCAUACAAGGACAAAGCUCAAGUAAAGAAGGCACUCGCGCUUGGCCUUAGAGGAGCCCGUCCUCUUCCUGCUAUACAUGCACUUAGUGCUUGGCAAGAGGAGGGUGAACGCUGGUGCGGGUCACAUACCGAAGACACUGACGGGAGAUCUCAUGGCGUUGGACUGUCUGUCCACUUGGGCCAUGAGGUCGUCCCCGAAAACAUUGUUGUUGAACACAUUCACCCCAACGCAACAAUGGACCCUUCUGCUCGACCACGACACAUUGAAGUCUUUGCCAGAUUCGAGGUCAAGGAAGAACAGGAGCUCGUACGCGACUAUUCAUCGAACAAAUUCCCCGACCACAUCAACGGUUGGGACUUUAACCCUUCUCCUCUACCAGAUUCAUUCGUCAAGAUAACUCAAUUCGAGUAUCAAGGCGAUGAACUGAAUGAAGGCGUACACGUUCAUCACAUCAACGAUGAAUUCGCCAAUCUGCGCAUUCCUACGGACCAUGUCAUCAUUCGUGCUUUGAGCAACUAUGGUGCACCGGACCACACAUGUUUUUACCGGGUGAGGUUGUUUGGAAAUCAGGUGGAUGAACAGGCGUAA